GUUGCCCAUCUUCUUUCUUCACAAAUCUUCCUCCGACUUUCUUCCAUUUGCGUCCCCAGCAGAGACCGCUUGGCUGCAUUUGCAGCCCUGUACACGUUUCCACGGGACGAAGUGGAAGAGAAGCCUCUGCUUUUCUCAUCACUGCGCAGGCGUGUGCGACAUUCGGCGCCGGAAUUUGUAUUUUGAGAAUAGAAAUUCGGUUCCUGGCGCAACACGGAGGCUGGUUUACCUAACAAUACCAGUGAUGCUAUGGAUAAGAAGAAUGUUCCCACAUCUGAGGGAAGAUCAUGUUUCUUCGAAAUAUUCAGAAUGCGAUGCAGUGAAUCAGACUUAGGACCAAUAAGUCUCAACUGGUUUGAAGAGCUGACUUCAGAAGCUUCACCUUAUGACUGCAAAAUAUCAGAAGAUGAUAAGUAUAAAACUAGCUGCCUGGAUCAAGGUACUUUUAAGAUGCCAAAGAAGAUGCUGUUUACAAAUAGCCAAUUAACUUCAAUUCCAAUGACUUUUCAAGAUCAGAAUAAAAGCUUACAGCUGUUUGAAUCUCCAGUAAAAGAAGUGGAUCAGAGCACAACAGAAGCAGGCAGAUCAGCUAGUGAAGUUCCUGCAACAAGGACAAAAUUGGAUCUCUCAAAUGAAGUACUCAGUCCUCCUUCGAACACCUGUCUCAUUGCAAGCCCAGCUGUUUUAAAUAUAUGUGCAACACCUCUAGGAAAUAAAUCUGUGUUAAAUGGAAGUUUGCUUUGUACGCCAAAGGUUUUUCAGACUCAGACACCAAAAUGCAUUUCUGAAAGCUUGGGAGCAGAAGCAGAUCCUGAAAUGUCUUGGUCAAGUUCAUUGGCUACACCCCCUACGCUUUCCCCAACAGUACUGAUAGCUACAGGAGAUAAGGCGACUUCUGGAAAAAUGCAACGUAAUGAAAGACUUGCUUUGAUCAUGCAAAGUGUUUUACCCAAGUGUGGGAGAAGUGUUGUUAAGAACAAGAUGAAUAUACUGUCUACAGCAGGAACAGAAGAACUGUGUUCAGAAACCGAUAGCAAAAACCAAAAUUUUGGAAAAUCAUUAAAUGGCUGCUUUGGAAUAGACGAACUUCCCAAUAAGACAAGUGUAAACCAAAAGUCACUAAACGUUUUAGAAGAUGAAGAGAUGCAUAAAGAAACGGACACUGCAAGAGGAAUUGAAAGUAGUUUUUCUGUAUGCCUUGCAAGUGGCAAAACUUUUCAAACAGAAAUGAAAACAGCCAAAUGGAGUAAGAAUAAAUAUUCUUACAAAGCGCAACAUGAUAGCCUUCAAGAAAAUAAUGUAGUGAAUGUGGAUUCUAAAGAUGUUAAUAUAGAGGAAUAUGAAACCGCAUUAAAUUCCUCCGAGCACACAGCGGUCAUUCCAGUUAACAGAACACAAAACCACUGUGUGGAUCAAAAUAAUGCAUGUGUAGAAGAAGACAUGCCAUCAUCUGUACUCUCUGCAUGGUCUCAGUUGGACUUGUCUGGUCUUGAAAUAACACAGCUGGAAAAAGUACCUUCAUGUUAUACUAGCUCGCCUAAUGUAUAUGCCAGUAAAAAUGCAGAAGAUCAUAUGUCAUUUACUAUCAGCGAGUAUGCUAGUCCUCUAGAAUCGUGCAUACUAAACACAUCAAGUCUAAUAAAUGUCCAUAAGUUAUUGAAUAUUAAUUCUCCAGAAAAACUCCCAGGUUCCAAAAAUCCUUCAGUGCCUGUUAAAAUGAUAAACAGCCCAAAGCUAGUGAAAGGCUGUGAGACUGAGCAAGUUUCUGUCAUAAAUGACCCCAAAAAUACUUCCGUCUUGAUGGAAAACACAACUUUUGCAGAGUUCUUGGAAUCUCAUAGCAGUUGCCAUCAUAAAUACUCACAAGAAAAUUCUAAGACUUCCUCUGGCUCUCUUGGAGAUGGUAUUUUAUCAACAGCUGCUGGUGAUGGCAGAGGUCUAAAAAAGUCAGGCUUGACUACCAUCUCAUUUUCCAAUCUUAAAAGGAGACCCAAAAAAUUUGUUUAUUCGCUAAAAGAUUCUUCAGUAUGUCAGGAAGAAGGAACUAUGCUGACAGACGGAUCUUAUCUUGUGCCGUCUGGUGCAGAGUUAAAAUCUUCCAAUUUGGACGUUUCUGGAACGGCCAUUGGGAAUGAAGCUACUAAUAAAAAAACAGAGAUAAGUGAAAACAAGAUCCAUGCAAGUAGUAGCAAAGACACUUCAGAAAAAGAAAACAGUGUAAAAUGUGCCCUCCUCUCAAACUGCAAUUCUUUCCAAGAAAGAAGUUCUGAGAAAUCUGUAUUGGCAAUGCAAACAUUGAAAAGGAGGAACAAGCAAGCACCCUUGGAACUAACUUCACAGCAUUCUUUGGCUCAAAUGGUUGAACUUGGGCAUCGGUCAAAGAAAAUAUCCAAUGUAGAUGAGCCUUCUGAGUUUACAGCACUGGAGAAAGGUUUAGAUAUGAGACAACCUCUUCUAGAUAAUGACAAGCAGAUACCGUUAGGACAUGCAAAUCAUAAUGAAAACCAAGGGUUUGCUGGCUUCAAAACUUCAUCCAAUAAACAGAUAGUUCUAUCUGAUGACAAUAUCAGAAAAGGCAGACUGCUGUUUAAAAACAUAGAAGAUCAAUUUCUUAAAGAUUUAGCCUGUGAACAAAUGCAGUGUAUUCCAAUUCAAAAUGUACAAGAAAAUGCUGAGAUUUCUGCAAUUAGAACUAAUAAAUUAAACAAAAGUGUAUCCAACUUUUCACAUGUUUCUGAUUCACAAGUGAGCCUUACUGAAUUAAGUGAUACCCCAAACAUCUUUCCUGUGUAUUUCAGGAAUGCAUCAUUUCAUAACAUGCUUAAAAAUCAACCUGAAGGAAAACAAAAUUUAACAGCAAGUGAAAAAGCUGAGGUCAUUGAGCUUUCUAAUAUAUUGGAAGAAGCAGGUAGUCAGUUUGAAUUUACACAGCUUAGAAAGCAAAGGACUGUGCUGCAAAACAGUGCUUGUAAAGCAUCAGGAGACACCAACAAACAUGAAAUAACUGAACUGGACGUGAAUUCCAAAGCGUGGAAAGAUGAUUUUAAGGAAAGCUGCAAUCUAAAACCUCAGAGAGGCAGUGAUCGGUCUCCCCCCAAGUAUAUAGACACCACUGAAGAAUCUGCAAUACAGGAACAUAGCAGUGAAGAGAUUGCGUCAGUUAACGUGUCAAGCGAAAAACAAAACAGGGAAUGCUCUGUUCCGAAUGGGUUAGCAUCUCUGCAUUGUGGCUUGUCGGAUUUGGUGGCGUAUAAAACAGCUGGGAAUAAAGAGAGUUCUAUUUCUAAUGAGAUCUUUAACAAACCUGCAAAAUUAAUUAGUAAUCUAGAUGGAGUGGAUAAAAUGCAUAGCCUUCAUAAAGCCAAGUCAAAAAAUAAUUGUUUAAGCAGAUGUGAUACUUGUUGGAAUAAUCCUAAAUAUAUGACAGAAACUGACAUUAAUUGGCAUCAGAUGGUCCAAGCAGUAAGUGCUGAAUACAUGAUGAAAAAUAAUGCAAGAGACACGAUUAACUUUGUGAAAGAAAACAUGGAAAAGAAGUCAAAUGGAACAGGUUACAACGAAGACAAUAUUCACAUUUCUAGUACAACAGAAGUUAAUCUAAAAAUUGUUCAAAAGUAUUCCUUUCACAUGACAGGAAAUGGCCUGUCAGCUGUUGAAAACAAUCACAGCAUGUUAGUCUCACAUCAGUUUAUAAACUGUGAAGAGACUCAUUAUAAUGAUUUGCAAGAAACAUCUGACCUAACAUGUUUAGUUGAAGUUACUAAAACUGAACAGAAUUACAUUUUGAAUAGUAUAGAUGAAAAAGAAAACCUAAAUUCUAACCAACAAGAGAAAAAAAUACACAAUCCAGAAGGUGGUUAUUUAGUACACACCACGGCUGGUCAGAACAUUCUUCAUCCCCACUUAGGAAAUAACAGAACACUUCACAUGUUGCCUGGCUAUUGGAUAGGGACAGAGCUCGAUGAUAUGCCAUCAACUUCCUGUAGUAAGACAGAUGCCGAAAACAAGAAGGGGGCCAUCGCUUCAGUCAAAAAGAGUGUUGACUUAACCCAAAAUGAAAACUUAAAGCACAGUAGUGCAAUGGGAUUUCGCACAGCUAGUGGUAAGCACAUUGCAAUCACUGACAAAUCUUUAGCUAAGGCAACAUAUAUUCUUUCAGAAGACUGCGCUUUCUCGGAAAAAGAUGAUCCUAUUAGUAAUUUUGUCAGCACUGGCAUUCAACAAAAAGAAAAAAAGUAUGAGAACAUAAAUGAAGUAUGUAAGGAAUCUGAAGAAAGAAUUGAGAAGCAUAACGAAGUUCUCAAUCUUAAAAGUGGUUCUAACAAUCCCCCAGACUUGCUGCCAGAUAAUGUUGCCAUUAAGCAGACUAAAAAUCUUGAAACAGUUAAAAAACUUUCCCAAGAGAUUAAUACUGCUGAAAGAAGAAGAAAACAGGACAUAACUGAAGGUUUGGUAACAGAGAACAAUCCAACACGUACAUCAAGCACAAGUGAUGUUUCAAAAACUUUAUUACUGGAUUGUGAUAAUGGGCAAUGUUCACAUGUUCAAGAAGGUUUUGAUGCGUAUGCAAAACAAGAUAUUCAGCAGCCAUUAUCUAGAAAUUCAUGUAAUGUAUUCACUACUAACAACAAGAAUUGGGAUUUACAUUCUUCAAAAACGAUUUCCUCUGUUUUAAAGAGUGAUUGUUCUCCAUUAUACCAUUCAUCAAAUAAUAAGGACACAAACUCCUGUGCAGAUAACUUUGUUUAUGUGUCCCAAACAAUAUCACCAGAAAGUCUGAAUGCAGAAAAGAUUAGCACCUUUGAAGAAACUGCUAAAAAUGUUAAUAGUAUGGUCCCUAAAUGUGGUUUAAACUUACUGAACACAAACAGCUUGCUAAAAGAUUCAUCUAGUGAAAUAUCUUUCUCUUCUUUCAAGCUUUCAACAGCUAAGCCACUUGCAUUCAGUACAGCAAAUGGAAAAGCUGUCAGAAUUUCUCAGGAAGCAUUAAAAAAGGCCAGACAGUUACUUCGUACUGACUGCUGUGAACCCACAAAAUGGAAUACAGAAUUUCAAUCUAAAACUAGUAAACGUGGCAUUUUAGAAAGCUGUUCGGAUGCCUUGGGAACCACAAAGAAAAUUGCAGAAAAUUCAGAUGUAGCCCAAUUUCCCGGAGCUGAGAAAUAUCCCUGGGAAGAUAGACAAGCAUUGCAGCACGUGGGGCCCAUUUCCUUGGACGUUGGGUCUCAGUCAGAUUGUCAAACAUCAUGUUUUCAAAUGACUGAUAGGCUUUCUCAUAACGGGGCCUCCAACAAAUGGAACCACAUCAAAUCAGACUGUUUUAGAGGUACUCGCAAUUGUGAGCUCUUCAGCACAGCAAGUGGCAAACCUGUACAAUUAACUGAAGAGUCAUUGAAGAAGGCAAGGCUACUUUUUUCUGAUGAGGAAGAAAAUAAUUCAUCGGCUCAUCUGAGUCACGUGUCAAAGGAUAGCUGUGCUGAAGUAUUUUCUGUUGGAAAUAAAAUGACCCCUGAAAAAGGUAAACCAUUAAUGUCCAGAAGAGAGAGACUUCCAAACACUGAAGUAAAGUCGCAGUCGUUUUGUGGUUUUAGUACGGCUAGUGGGAAACAAGUGCGUAUCUCUGAGAAGGCUCUCCAGAAAGUUACAGGUUUCUUUAAAGAAAUUGAUUGUACCAGCACCGAUGAUUUCUUUGAGGAUGGACAGAAUUUGCAGCUGGAUCAUAAUAUACCCAUAGAAGCUCCUUAUGUAGGACCCACAGCUCAUGAUGAAGCCAUUUCAAAGUCUAAACUGCAAGAGAAGUCUUAUACUGAGAAACAGAAUCAACCAGUGCGAUGGGAAAAAAACUUUCCAUGUACAAAGCAGAUAGGACCUCUGGAAGGACACCAGCCUUGCCCAAAUAGGAUAGAAACAACAAAUGCCACAAACCAUGUCACUGUUAGUGAAGGAAAGCUGGAUUCUUGUUAUCCUGUGUACUCCCAAACCCCAGAAAAUGACUUGGAAACGGAAGCUUCAGAAAGUGCCAAAGCAUUCAUGGAAGAUGAUGAGCUCACCGAUUCAGAAGUCCAGAAAAAUAAAAGAACACCAGUCUUUGUUCCUGGGAAAACUAAUUAUUUGCUGUCAAAUACUAGAACUGGGAAAAGGCGCCUAGAAGAAGAGAACAAAUGUGGAGAACCUCCUAUUAAAAGAAAAUUGUUACCUGAGUUCGAUAGAUCAGGAGGGCCCAUAAGAUCAUCUUUGAAAGCCUCAAAAGCUGCUCUGGAGGAUACAGUGAACGACAGACGGAAGUUCAAAUACAGUAUCAACUUAAAGCCUGUAAUUAGUUCCCCUUUUAGUUCUUCAGAAGAGCGGCAAGUCUUGCAUUUAAAUCUUACCACUCCAGACCAGCUUAUGAAAGAUUCUAAAAAUAAAUAUAAUGGGUAUAAUCAGCAACAUUUAUCAACGCCACUUUUGAGCCGACCAUUAGAUUCCUGGUCCCCUUUUAAUAAGAGCUUAGCUGAGGAAAAGAAGAUAGAAAAUGACUACAUUGGACGGAAACCUGUCAAAGUCUUUGUACCACCUUUUAAAACAAAGUCAGAAAUUCCUGAGGAUGAACUAACUUACAGCAAAAAAUAUGACUUAUUGAGAAGCAAAAAUAUUAAUAAAAAUGAAAAUCUAAAUCCUGAAAAUAUUCAGGAAAACACAACUGAACCAGAAAACAAUUCCUUUGAACAUGAUGACGCUGCACGAAUAUCAUUGGAGGAUUCAGAAUUCACAGAUAUCAAUUUAGGUUUAACAGAAAUGAUAAAAGAUUGUCAGUACGCCAGAAAUCUACAAGAAAUGAGAAUUAUAAAGAAAAAAAGGCAAAGAAUUUGCCCACAACCAGGCAACUUGUAUCUUGUGAAAACAUGUGCCACAGCAUGUAGAAUUCCUCUUAAAGAUGCAGUGAGCAAGAAAUCGCCAGGUUCUUAUUUCAGUAAACAGCUGUAUACGUUUGGUGUUUCAAAGCAGUGCUUAAAAAUUAACAGCUCAAAUGCAGAAGAUUUUCAGUUUCUCAUUCAGGAUUUUUUCAGUAAAGAAUGUUUUCUAGAAAGGCAUGGAAUACAAUUGGCUGAUGGAGGAUAUCUUGUUCCCACUGAUGAGGGCAAGGCAGGAAAAGAGGAAUUCUACAGGGCUUUAUGUGAUACACCUGGAGUAGAUCCACAGCUCAUUUCAAAAGCCUGGGUUUACAACCACUACAAGUGGAUCAUAUGGAAACUGGCAGUUAUGGAAGUUGCAUUUCCAGAAGAAUUUGCUAACAGAUGCUUGACUCCAGAAAGAGUACUACUUCAGCUAAAAUACAGAUACGACGUGGAAGUUGACAAAAGUCACCGAUCAGCUAUCAAAAGAAUAACAGAGAGAGAUGACGUUGCUGGUAAAACACUCAUCCUGUGUGUUUCUAAAAUUAUAUCAUUAAGUUCAAAGGUGUCUCCCAUCUAUGACAAAAGCACUGUGAUGGAAAACAAACGAGAAGCAGCUGUGAUUGAAGUUACAGAUGGCUGGUAUGGGAUUAGGGCUGUCGUGGACUCUGCUCUGCGAUCACUGUUGUGUAGAGGAAGGCUGCGUGUGGGUCAGAAGAUCAUUGUACACGGAGCAGAACUUGUAGGUUCACAGGAUGCAUGCACUCCCUUGGAAGCUCCGGAAUCACUUGCCCUGAAGAUUUCAGCUAACAGUACUCGACGUGCACGAUGGUAUGCCAAAUUAGGAUAUCAUAGGGACCCCCGGCCCUUCUGUUUGCCGUUAUCGUCGCUCCUUAGUGAGGGUGGGACCGCUGGUUGUGUUGAUGUGAUUAUUCAAAGAGCUUAUCCCAUACAGUGGAUGGAAAAGCUAUCAACAGGCUCCUACAUGUUUCGUAAUGAACGAGCUGAAGAAAGAGAAGCCGCAAAACAUAAAGGCGAUCAACAAAAGACCAUGCAAGCAUUGCUUGCAAAAAUACAAGCUAAAUUUGAAAAGAAUGAGGAUGAAGGCAAAAGACUACUGAAAUCACGCAUACUAACCAGGCAACAGAUUCGCUCCCUGCAAGAUGGUGCCGACCUUUAUGAGGCAAUUCUUAAUGCUCCUGAUCCCGCUUACAUGGAGGGCUAUUUUAGUGAGGAGCAAUUAAAAGCACUGAACAGUCACAGGCAGAUGGUAACUGAUAAGAAGCAAGCACAGAUAGAAGCUGAAUUCAGGAAAGCAGUGGAAUCUGCUGAGCAGGGGGACCCCAGCUCCUGCAAAAGGGAUGUAACCCCUAUAAUGAAACUACGCAUUGUGGAUUAUAGAAAUGAAGAACCAAGCAAAGAAGUCCUGUUGAGCAUCUGGCGCCCAUCAUCACAUGUUCAUACCCUCCUAAAGGAAGGAGGUCGGUACAGAAUCUUCCAACUAGCUGCAACUCAAUCCAAAGGCAAGUGGGAGGCGGCUAAUAUACAGUUAACGGCUACCAAGAAAACUCAGUAUCUACAGCUACCGGUCUCUGAAGAGAUUCUGCCACAUAUUUAUCAGCCAAGGGAAUGUCUGAGGUACAGCAAGAUGUCUGAGCCCUGUUUCCAGCCAGCCUGCUCUGAAGUGGAUUUGGUGGGAUAUGUAGUUUCUCUCAGGAAAGGAACAGGCUCCUCUGUGUUGUAUUUGUCAGAUGAAAGUCAUAAUCUGAUAGCAGUCCAGAUCUGUGCAGAUUUCAAGCAUCUUGCCGUAGAAGACAUUAUUAGUCCUUCUAAGUUGAUUUCUGCAACCAAUCUCAAAUGGCAACCAAAGCUUAGAUCAGACAUUCCAGUGUUAUUUGCUGGAGAUCUUUCUACAUUCUCCGCCAAUCCAAAGGAAAGACAUCUUCAAGGGAGAUUUAAUGAACUGAAAAACAUUGUAGAGAACAACUGUUGUUUUGGCAAAGAUGUGCAACAGAGACUUAUGAAUUUGCUUCAAGCAGCUGACCAACAAGCAUUUAACUUGCCCAAAGAAUGUAGCUUGAAUCCUUUCCCCUGGAAAUCUAGUGGAAGAAAUACACAUUCAACUGCAACUCCUACUGGUGAACGAAGACGUCAGAGCCCCUUGACUGUUGGAAAGAUGAAUUCGACACCAGCGCUUUCACUAGACUCAGAAAAAAUGAUCCAAGAUCCACAAGAAACUUCUAAGAACUAUAAGAAGAGGAAAGCAAUGGACCUGCUCAGUCGAGUGCCUUCCCCUCCUCCAGUAAAGCCAAUCUGCACAUUUGUUUCUCCAUCUCUGAUGAAGGCAUUUCAGCCACCUCGGAGCUGUAAUAAUCAGCAUGCAAGAUCAUUAGAACGAAUAGCUUGUAAGUCUGCUAAAAAACCUCCCCUGAAAAGAUUAAAUGAGAUUUGCUUCCCUCUCAAAAACAAUUUUGUUGCUGAUGAAGAACUUGCCAUGAUAAAUACGCAAGUCCUUUUAAAUAAACUUCCAAAAGAGAAAAAAGUUGACUUUACAGAUAACAUUAUUUAUGCAGUAGUUAGUGAUUCACCAGAUAGCAGUUUGCCAACAGAGACUAUGUCCCAGUCAGCUGGUAGAAAAAAUACAUUGCAAGAGAGUGAUGAAGAAACUGAGACUCCUGAAAAGGGUGCAAGUGAAUCUAAGAGUUCAUUGGCUGUGCAGAAGGAGCAGCAAAAACAGCGAAGACAGAGAUAAUGAUAAAAACCUGUACAGUUGUUGUAUGUUUUAAUAUUUAAAGAAACACUUUCAUGCUUGGAAUGUCGGUUUCACUGUUUGCUUGCUGUACAUAAUUCAGUUCAAAAUAAAGUUCAGUGAAAUGA